GCGGCCGGGGGAGUCCCCGCAACGGCGGCCCGGAAGGACAAGAUUCCGCGGGGCGCGAGCUCGCGGCGGGCUGGGCUCCCGGCCGCGGGCUGUCCCGCUGCUUCCCCGCCUCCUGAACACCCCCGGGCCUCUCACCGGGCGUGUGGGGCCUCGGGAGUAAGAGCUCGGCGCCCACCGGAACUGCCUGCAGGACGCAUUUCUUUCCGAAGAAAGUGUGUCUGAACUACAGGGCUGUCAGGGGGUUGGAAAUGAGUUCUGGCACUUACAGCGCUUCCAUAACUAUUUUUCUUUUUAUGACUUCUCCCAGCCCAGCCCGCUCCUACCUUUGUCAGGGUGGAUCAGCACAGGUGGAUGCAUGUUUUAUGAGGCCCGAAACUUGCACCAUUUAGACCACCCUUUGGGAAAAAAAAGAAUGCAAAAUUACUUUGCUUUUGCAAAUCUUACAAAAGCACAAGACCGUGGGAACAUUGCUGGCCUUCCCGCCCCGACUCCAGGGCCUUGGAAGUGACCGCAGAAAUGGGCCUCUGAAGCCAGAGCAUCAUUAGUUUCACUAUCAACCCCCUCUGUGCACCACGUUGUUCUGAAUUGUUUGUUUACGGAUGUCUGCCCCAACCACGUCAUUCCCUUUUCUCUAUACUCUGUUUUAUAUGGAGAAAGGAUACAUCAUGUUUUUUAAAACAUAAAAUCUGCUCCCAGAUUGAGCUCUCCAGGUCAGAAACGCUCUUGAUAGUAGAGUCCUGUUGUCCAUCACCUGAAAAGCGCCACUCAGCAAGAUAAGUCAGAAGAUUCACUGUUGCAUCAAUGGCUGCCUCACAAGCUUCAAAAACUGUUGCAUCUCACGUCCCUUUUGCAGACUUAUGUUCAACUUUGGAACGAAUACAGAGAAGUAGAGGACGUGGAGAAAAAAUGAGACACUUCAAAGAAUUUUUAGAUUCUUGGCGAAAAUUUCAUGAUGCCCUUCACAAGAACCACAGAGAUGUCACAGACUCUUUCUAUCCAGCCAUGAGACUCAUUCUUCCUCAGCUGGAAAGAGAGAGAAUGGCUUAUGGAAUCAAAGAAACUAUGCUUGCUAAGCUUUACAUCGAAUUGCUUAACCUACCCCGAGAUGGAAAAGAUGCCCUGAAGCUUCUAAAUUACCGAACACCUACCGGAACUCGCGGAGACGCCGGAGAUUUUGCCAUCAUUGCGUACUUUGUGUUGAAACCCAGAUGUUUACAGAAAGGCAGUUUAACCAUCCAGCAAGUGAACGACCUUUUAGACUCCAUUGCCAGCAAUAAUUCUGCCAAAAGGAAGGAUCUGGUCAAAAAGAGUCUUCUUCAGCUCAUAACCCAGAGUUCAGCCCUUGAACAAAAGUGGCUGAUCCGGAUGAUUUUAAAGGACUUAAAGCUUGGAUUUAGUCAGCAAACUAUAUUUUCUCUUUUUCACGAUGAUGCUGCUGAGUUGCAUAACGUCACCACAGAUCUGGAGAAGGUCUGCAGGCAACUGCAUGAUCCUUCGGUGGGACUCAGUGACAUUUCCAUCACUUUAUUCUCUGCCUUCAAGCCAAUGCUGGCCGCUAUCGCAGACAUUGAGCGAAUUGAGAAGGACAUGAAACACCAGAGUUUCUACAUCGAAACCAAGCUAGACGGCGAACGUAUGCAAAUGCACAAAGACGGGGACGUGUAUCAGUACUUCUCCCGAAACGGAUACAACUAUGGGGACCAGUUUGGAGUUUCCCCACAGGAAGGGUCCCUUACCCCGUUCAUUCAUGGCACAUUCAAAACAAAUGUCCAAAACUGCAUCCUUGAUGGUGAGAUGAUGGCCUACAAUCCGAACACGCAGACCUUUAUGCAGAAGGGGAAUAAGUUUGAUAUUAAAAGGAUGGUAGAAGAUUCCGACCUGCAGACUUGUUACUGUGUUUUCGAUGUGUUGAUGGUUAAUAGCAAAAAGCUAGGACACGAGACCCUGAAGAAUAGGUAUGAAAUUCUUAGUAGUGUCUUUACGCCCAUACCAGGUAGAAUAGAAAUAGUGCCGAAAACACAGGCUCACACUAAGAAAGAAGUAAUUGAUGCUUUGAACGAAGCCAUAGAUAAAAGAGAGGAGGGGAUCAUGAUCAAAUAUCCUCUGUCCAUCUACAAGCCAGACAAAAGAGGCGAAGGAUGGUUAAAAAUUAAGCCGGAGUAUGUCAACGGACUGAUGGAUGAGCUGGACAUCUUAAUCGUCGGGGGCUACUGGGGGAAAGGUGCCCGGGGUGGAAUGAUGUCUCAUUUUUUGUGUGCUGUGGCCGAGAAGCCCCCCGCCGGUGAAAAACCCUCAGUGUUCCAUACCCUCUGCCGCGUGGGCUCAGGCUACACCAUGAAAGAACUGUAUGACCUGGGCUUGAAACUGGCCAAACACUGGAAGCCCUUUCAUAGGAAAGCUCCACCAGGAAGCAUUUUAUGUGGAACAGAGAAGCCAGAGGUGUACAUCGAGCCUUGCAAUUCAGUCAUCGUUCAGGUUAAGGCGGCAGAGAUCGUCCCCAGUGAUAUGUACAAAACUGGCUGCACGUUGCGCUUCCCACGCAUCGAAAAGAUAAGAGAAGACAAAGAAUGGCAUGAGUGCACGACCCUGGAUGACCUGGAACACCUUCGAGGGAAAGCGGCCGGAAAGCUCGCGUCCAAGCACCUUUACGUAGGUGACGAGGAACCCCAAGAGAAAAAGCGGAAAGCCGCCCCAAAGGCUAAGAAGGUCAUUGGAAUCAUCGAGCACCUCAAAGCGCCUAACCUUUCCAACAUCAACAAGGUCUCUAACAUGUUUGAGGACGUGGAGUUUUGCGUCAUGACUGGAAGCGACAGCCAUCCCAAGCCUGACCUGGAGAGCAGAAUCGCAGAGUUUGGGGGUUACAUAGUACAGAAUCCGGGCCCCGACACAUACUGCGUGAUCGCAGGGUCUGAGAACAUCCGCGUGAGAAACAUCAUCUCUUCAAAUAAGCACGACGUCGUCAAGCCCGAGUGGCUCCUCGAGUGUUUCAGGACCCAGCGCUGUGCGCCCUGGCAGCCUCGCUUCAUGGUUCACAUGUGCCCGUCCACCAAACAGCACUUUGCCCGGCAAUAUGACUGCCAUGGCGACAGCUACUUUGUCGACACAGACGUGAACCAACUGAAGGAAGUGUUCUCAGGAAUUAAAACUCCGGGGGAACAGACGCCCCGGGAGAUGGCUCCUGUGAUCGCCGACUUGGAACACCGCUAUGCCUGGGACAGGGCUCCUCUCAGCAUGUUUCGACCCCACACUGUGUAUCCCGACUUGUAUGCAGUGAUUAACGACCCGAGUACCAAAAUCGAGGGAACGAGAUUGGCCAUCACGGCCUUGGAGCUUCAGUUUCAUGGGGCAGAAGUAGUGUCUCAUUUGGCCGAGGGAGUGUCUCACGUCAUCAUUGGCGAAGAUCACAGUCGGCUUGCAGACUUGAAAGCUUUUCGAAGAACUCUUAAGAGAAAGUUUAAAAUCCUCCCAGAGCGUUGGGCCAUUGAGUCAAUAGACAAGUGUGAAUUACAGGAGGAAAAUCAAUAUUGGGUUUAAAGCUAGCUUUCUUCGUGAGCAAAGCCUCUGAUCUGGCUGACUCACUACAACAGUUUAUAAUGAUAAAAUGUGAACCCCCAGCUUAUUUUUAGCUCUUAAAAUCUAGGCUUAUGCAGUAUUAUUAGAUACAGAAACACACUAAUUUUAACUUUUGAUGUGGAAAAGACAGUGAAUGGCCCAAAGUUGAGAAAGAAAAGGUUUUUUUAGCGGUGUAGUAUUUAUUUUUAUAAGCAAGAUGAAAUAAACAGUUUAAAGUUAUACUCUCCCUAUAGAAAUCUAGAAUUUUGACUCAGAUAUAAAUAAAAUACCUUUACAAGCUUUAGCAUCAUUAAAAGUACUGACCUAAACAGGAUUUUCUGAAGUCAAAUAAAAAUUUUAGUAAUAGUUUUUAUCUAACUGCCAAAAAAAAAAAAAAUCAGAAUUGUUAGAAUAGGACUUACAAAAAUAUGUCUUUUUAAAUCGAAGGUUAAAACUCCUCUUUAUUUAUUUAUUUAUUUAUUUAUUUGGCCGCCCCUGGCAUAUGGAAUUCCUGGGUCAGGGAUCAGAUCAGACCUGCACUUACUGGAUCCCCAACCCACUGGGCUGGACCGGGGAUCAAACUUGCAUCCCAGUGGCUCCAGAAACACCACUGAUCCCAUUGUGCUGUAGCAGGAACUCCAUAAAAGUCCUCUUUUCAAUGCUAUUUUUUAAGGCUAAGAUCAAGCUCGUGAAUAAAUACCUUGUUAAUGCUGUCAUUGGCUAUAAAUCAGAGGUUGAAAGAGAUUUAAUGGUCUAAAAACUUGGAUCAGUUUGAUUUUUAAAAUAUCUUGCCAUUUUAAAAGUACUUGGCCCACAUUUAUUUUUUUUUUCUUUUUCUAAAAUAAAGCAUGUCUGAAAGGAAAUAUUGGAGUUCUCUGGUGGCUCAGCCGGUUAAGGAUUCAGUGUUGCCACUGCUCUCUGAUUACUAUUGUGUCUCAGGUUCGUAGAUGGUUCUGUGGGAAUCGUUUUACAUGGAGACGUGUUUUUUGGAUGUGUUUGUGGGAGAAGGUGAGCAUGAUGUCUUAGGCCUCUGCCGUCUUGAUCCUUCCUGUGUCUUGGGUUCGAUCCCUGCUCGGGAACUUCCACAUGCUGUGAAGGCAGCCGAAAAAUAAACGAAUAAAUAAAAGAAAUAUUUUUAUGUGAAUUUUUUUGUACUCUAGUGUCAACAGUAUUCACGAAAGUAAUUUUUCUAGGUAUAACCCUUUGAAAAGGUGUUGCAUGUGUUGCAUGUGUGUUAUAACUUUCUUUACAGAGAAGUAAAUUGCUUUGACUUUCUAAAACAACUUUUCCUUAGGCUAUUUAAAACGUGUAUAGUUUGUGUGUAUAUAUAUAUAUAUGUAUGUAUAUUAUGUCUUGAUUUAUAUAUUAUAUAAAUACCGAAAUAUACCAAAUAUUGGAAUGCAGCCUAUACAUUUUGAAAAAUAUGUACUUGGAAUUUGGCAUCUAAGAAAUUGUAGAUUAUCUGUAAGUAAUAAGAAAUUUUAUCUAAACAGUGGAACCAAUGUAUGUUAUUUUGCUAUAUAUCUUAAUUUAAAUAAAAUAUUUAAGAAACUACUAAAA